AGCGCUAUUAAAAAGUCACAGUCAAAUUAUAUAAACGCAUGACAGAAAUUUUUGCUUCUUAAGAGUCGUGGUUUUUUUCACCUGAAAAAGUUUUUCGCUAGAACAAUCGGAAACCAUGAUGCGGCCUGCGUUUCGCGAACUUCACAGAGUCAACUUCUCGAGCGGACAAAAGGCCGAGAUUUUCCGGAGUCACCAGAGUCGGACUACAAAAGGGCUGGCUUCCGUACUCGGUCGAUUGGCGGGGCAAACAGGAAUAACAACCUUCGGUGCCGCUACCAGCACACGGAGCCAAUCCUCCCGGAGGUUUCUCCACACCACAAGCCGACCGCUGUACCAAGCGGCGACGUAUUUCGCAGAGACACACGAGUGGCUCAAAGUCGAGGACGACAAGAGAACUGGUAUGUGAUCUUGAUAAAAGAAGAAGGAAAUAUGGCCGCGUCUACUUAUCAUGUCGCGACGGAAAUUGCUUUCUCGGGUAGCCGCGGGCCAUUUUGGUUUCUGCUUUUGCAUAAUAUCGGUUUGAUUCUAUUUCUAUGAAAUCCAAAACUCCAGUGACCAUCGGUGUGUCGGACUUCGCACAGAAGGAGCUAGGGAAGAUUGUUUACGUGGACAUGCCCGAUCCGCCGCACUUUGUGCCGGCCAACGAGUCCGUGGCGGCUAUCGAGUGUGGGGACGGCAAAGCCGUGGGAGAGGUGUACACCCCGCAGGAGUGCGAGGUAGAAGCCGUCAACAGCGAAUUGGUCGACGAGCCGUCUAUCAUAAACGAGGAUUGCUACGGGAAGGGCUGGAUUGUUAAGGUAUUUUGAUGUUUUGUCCAUUUGUGUAGGCUGCUGCUGGGCAAUUUGUUAGUGAAAUAUGACAGCAAACGAGAACAAGGACAAGUAGCAUGCAGUGCUAGUAGAUUUGCAACGACUUACGCAGGGCAAGUUUGCGGAAGAUUUCGUGCAAGGAAAGUUGAUGGACGAAGCCGCAUACUUGAAAUUUCUGGAAACCUGCGAGACGCAACAUUGAAAACAAGAGAAUCGACACUGGAAAAAGAUUGUAUGUGCAGUAGAAGAAAGCUACACUUCUGAUGGUGCCCUCUAUUUUUCCUCUGUGCGCUGCUCUUCGCGGCUGCAGGAUUUUGUUUAUCCACCCACAGGUAGUUGUCGCGGGUACUAACACUUAGUUUCGAAGAAGAUAAGAAUGACAAGCCGUGAUGACACUGCCACCCUUGCCACCGAAUAUUCGCCAUUACAAAUAAUUCUUUCCAAUUUGAACAUCUGAAUGUUCUUGACGAAAAUUCAAAUUUUCCGCAAUGAGUCUACACCACUCAGAUUUUGUUAGAAUUUUGUAUAAAGAGUAAGAUGGAUAAAUCGAUAUCAUGAUCAUCCUCGCAAUCGGUUUUGUCGGGUACUGCGUUUACCUUGACAUUUUGGGUAGGAAAAGGUUUUUAAACUGGUGAUGCACCAGAAUCCCCCCUCAGCUCUUUAU